CCAUUAGAUGUGCUUCUUGUAGGACGACCUUUGGGUCAUCGUAUAUGUUUCAGUGAACUUUUAGCUGAUAAUUUCAACAUUCUGUAGUUGAAUUGCGUAGUGACGAAAAAUUAUGUUUCCUUAAUACGACCAAGCUAGCCUGGGAAACUUCUCUGUUUACAUAUGAUAUCGAUCGACGACGUGACAGUAAAACUAAACAGACUUUUUUAAAUAUCAUCGUAAACAUAACCCGAACUGAUAAAAGUCUGAAUAUUUAAAUAGAUCAAUUUCGAAACUACUUGCGCAGUUUCUGUCCUUUUUUUUGUUCCCAACAGAACACAUCAUGACCACUCCAAUAGUUCCUGAGUAUUUGUGUAAUUUAAUUCCGAAUGAAUUGACGCUCGUAUUUUCCGUAACGUGCCUCAUUUCAGUGACUCUUGGAACGUCAUUAUUUCGACGUCACAAGUUUAUGAGAUUGUGCGAAAAAAUUCCGACAACUCCUGCGCAGCUUCCGCUGUUUGGAAGCUUCACCGAACUGUUCCUGGAACGUCACAGUAAGUAUAACGAUAAUUUACCACGACACCUGCUUUAGUACUCUUGAAUAUUUCAACACUUGCAUAACUCACACAUUCAGAAAUUCUUCCUCGCUUUAUUAACUUGUACUACAAAUGGGCCAAUGAAAAGUCUCUUAUGCGGGGUAUCCGUCGUUUCGGGCCCUACCAUUUCGGCCCCAUACCUUUUCGGCCCUUUUUAAAAAUUUCGACCGGGGCCGAAAAUGUCCAAAACUGGAUAGCCUUAGUUCUUUUAGGAGUAGUUAUUAACUCUUCUGUUGGCUUGGCGGGUCCGAAAGUUGGUUGAAGUCAUUCUUCGUCCACGAGACGGAAUUCGACUACAAUUGACUCACAAGACGUUGUGAAAUAGUCAAUGGUUGUUAAACCAAACGAGUUUUAUUGAUACGUAGUCGCAUGCCUAUCUGGAGGAAUGUGCCAGAUUAUUUUAGGAAUAUAGACAAAGGCAAUAAAGUUUGCACACUUACUAGUUUACGAAUCAGGAUUCUCGGCCUGUGUCUGUAUUUAUUAGUUAAAAUUCGCUUCCAUCUAAUAAAGUUGUUUUUAGUGUCCAAUGUGGGAUCCGAAGGAACACCAAGCAGAGGUCAACAGAUGGUAAGUUCAAAACUAGCUUAUCUUAUUAAAUUCAGGAUUCAUUUCUAGCUUCUACUAUAAACUGUACACAACGUGAACUUUGGAAGUAUCUCUCUACAGAUACUGAUCGACCUUUAGAGUUUAGUCACGCCGUAUUGUACACUCCCGUUUUAUACUUGUCAUGUAUACUUAGUUGCUUCCCGUUAUUUGCUAGUGAGACAAGUCUGCCAUGGGUGUUCAAAUCAUUCCUGAUUUUGUCUACAGUUUAAUUCCGAACACGUUAGUGCUUUUCUUGACGUUUGCUUGUUUCGUUCUCGUUCAUCUUGUGGGCACACUAUAUCGACGCUACAAGUAUGUUCGACGCUGUAACAAGAUCCCGGGUCCGCCCGCUCAGAUUCCGCUCUUGGGAAGCGCCACCGAAUUUUUCCUACCGCCUGAAGAGAUAAUGCCCCACGCCGUUCAACUGUACAAAAAAUACAGCAAGAAAUCUGUGGUCCGAAUUUGGGUCGGACCUCAACCUUGGUUUCUACUCGGUGGGGCCGAAAGUGCCGAGGUUGUGCUGAGCAGCAACAAAAUUAUCGACAAGGGUCCGGAAUACGACUACAUCCAGCCAUGGCUGGCCACUGGUCUCUUAACGAGUACAGGGGCAAAAUGGCACCAGAGGCGCAAACUGUUGACACCGACUUUCCACUUUCAAAUUUUGGAGGGAUUUGUUCACGUCAUCAAUGAACAAAGUGCCGUACUCAUCGACAAGCUGAGCGAGAAAGUCGAUCAGAACUUUGACAUUUACCCGUUCAUCGCUCUGUGCACACUUGACAUCAUUUGCGAAACGGCCAUGGGUCGUCAUGUCGACGCCCAACAAAAAAGUGACUCGGAUUACGUCAAAGCUGUUUACAAGAUGACUCACAUCAUCCAAGCGCGUCAAACUCGGCCAUGGCUUCAACCGGAUUGGCUUUUUCGACUGUUUCCUCUCGGAUCGGAGCAAAAGAAAUGCCUGUCAAUUCUCCAUGGAUUCACUGAUCAGGUGAUCCGUGAGCGGAAAAACGAACACAAACUGCGUAAGACUGAGCAGCAACCACCAGUUGAUUCGCCGAAGAAAGAUGACGACGAGUUUAUUUCAAAGAAAUCCCGUUUGGCAUUCCUGGAUCUCUUGAUCGAAGCUUCGCAAGAUGGCAAAGUGCUCAGCGAUCUUGACAUUCGCGAAGAAGUUGACACCUUCAUGGUUGAGGGUCAUGAUACUACGGCUUCCGCAAUUAACUGGUGUCUUUUUCUUAUAGGCAACUAUCCUGAAGUGCAGGAGAAAGUGAACGAGGAACUGACUCGUGUCUUUGGCAACUCUAAUCGCCCAGUCACCAUGACUGACUUGAGCGAACUGAAAUACCUCGAGUGUUGCAUCAAAGAAGCCCUGCGUCUUUAUCCCAGCGUUCCUAUUCUCUCGAGGCAAUUGCUGGAAGAUACCAUCAUUUGUAUGCGCAUUAAAAACAAACUGACUAAACUAUUGCAAAUGUAUUCUUUUUCCAUUUUUCUUUUAAAUCCAGGUGGAUACGAUCUUCCUGUUGGAGCUACAGUCAUAGUUUCACCUUAUUUGAUCCACCGCGAUCCGACUUACUUCCCUGAUCCGGAGAGUUUCAAACCGGAGCGUUUCUUCCCUGAAAACAUUCAAGGUCGACAUCCGUAUGCCUAUGUCCCGUUCAGCGCUGGACCUCGUAACUGCAUUGGUCAAAAGUUUGCCAUGAUGGAAGAGAAGAUUAUCCUCGCUUCCGUCCUACGUCGAUUCCACGUCAAAUCGUUGGACAAACCGGAAAACGUUGCCAUCUUGACGGAAGUUAUCCUUCGUCCUCUCGACGGAAUCCGGAUGCUUUUAACCACCAACAAUUUCCAAUGGAUGUGUUCGUCGUCCUGGAGCUCUCAACAAAUGCGGUUUUCUAGCGUUUUCCGCAGAGAGGGUUUGAGCACUGCCGUCCUGAAUCAUAAAGCUGUCGGUCCGUUACAGCUCUAUUGUGUUUUGCAUAACUGGUUUCACUGCGCCAAAAAAAGAAAAAGAGGUGCUGGAAUAAAUUUCGCAAUCAUUUAUAAAUGCCACGGUCGAUUCCUGGUGCUGAUUCGGUCAAUCAAAUGCAGCGGGAUUGGAAUAUUGUCAUCAUUACAUGAUUGAAAAAUGCUUGACGACCAUCUGUUGAAAGUGAACGGAUGGAUGCCCUCGACGUUUACCGUUUGGUUGGCGACGUUUUUCACGUUCGUUGCCAUCUGUGUCUUCUCCAAGAAGCGUCUGGCUUUCAUCGAGCACUGCAACAGCAUUCCGGGACCACCGGCACCACUUCCUCUUCUAG